CCAGCACCUCCCAGCGCCGCCCAGCACCGCGCCGGCAGCGGGGAUGUGAGCGGACGCUCCGCACCGAUCCGCACCGACCUGCCCGCGGGCUGGGUGCGGGGAGGAGGGGGUGGGGGCCGCCCGGCAUCGCCCAGUACCGCCCAGCAUCGCCCAGUACCGCCCAGCAUCCCCCAGUACCGCCCAGCACCGCCCGGCGCCGGCAGCGGGGAUGUGAGCGGAGGCUCGGCCGCUCGGCGCCCCGGGAAGAUGCUGAGCAGGUGGAUGAGUGGGAGCAGCAGGAACCUGGACCGGGAGUACAACUGCACCGUGCGGCUGCUGGACGACAGCGAGUACACCUGCACCAUCCAGAGAGAUGCCAAGGGCCAGUACCUGUUUGACCUUCUCUGCCACCACCUGAACCUGUUGGAGAAGGACUACUUUGGCAUUCGGUUUGUGGACCCAGACAAGCAAAGGCAUUGGCUGGAGUUCACCAAGUCAGUAGUGAAGCAGAUGAGGGCCCAGCCUCCCUUCACCAUGUGCUUCCGCGUGAAGUUUUAUCCCACGGACCCCGCUGCGCUGAAGGAGGAGAUCACCAGGUAUUUAGUCUUCCUGCAGAUCAAAAGGGAUCUCUACCACGGCCGUCUCCUCUGCAAGACCUCGGAUGCUGCAUUGUUGGCUGCCUAUAUCCUUCAAGCUGAGAUCGGGGACUAUGACCCAGGGAAGCAUCCUGAAGGCUACAGCUCCAAGUUCCAGUUCUUCCCCAAGCACUCUGAGAAGCUGGAGAGGAAAAUUGCAGAGAUACACAAGUCAGAGCUGAGCGGGCAGACACCAGCUACUUCAGAGCUGAAUUUCCUCAGGAAGGCCCAGACUCUGGAGACCUACGGGGUCGACCCACACCCUUGCAAGGAUGUGUCAGGGAAUGCAGCGUUUUUGGCCUUCACUCCCUUCGGGUUUGUUGUUCUGCAGGGAAACAAGAGAGUUCACUUCAUCAAGUGGAACGAGGUGACCAAAAUGAAGUUUGAAGGGAAGACUUUCUACUUGUAUGUAAGUCAGAAAGAGGAAAAGAAAAUCGUUCUUACAUAUUUUGCCCCGACGCCAGAAGCCUGCAAGCACCUCUGGAAGUGUGGGAUAGAGAACCAGGCUUUCUACAAGUUGGAGAAGUCGAGCCAGGUCCGGACAGUGUCCAGCAGCAACUUGUUCUUCAAGGGGAGCCGGUUCCGAUACAGUGGCCGUGUUGCAAAGGAGGUGAUGGAAUCCAGUGCCAAGAUCAAGAGGGAACCACCCGAGAUUCACCGGGCCGGGCUGGUGCCGAGCCGGAGCUGCCCCUCCAUCACCCAUGGCCCCCGUCUGAGCAGCGUGCCCCGCACCCGGAGGAGAGCUGUGCACAUCUCCAUCAUGGAAGGCCUGGAGUCCCUGCGUGACAGUGCCCACUCGACGCCAGUGCGCUCAGCCUCCCAUGGCGAUGCCUUCGCGGCCCCUGGCCGCAGCGGCCGCACCGAGAGCAGCGAGCGGGUGGCCGUCAUCGCCGACGAGAACUACAGCCCUGCAGACAGUGUGCUGCCCACGCCAGUGGCCGAGCACAGCCUGGAGCUGAUGCUGCUCUCGCGGCAGGCAAACGGGGCCCCGUGCAGCAUCGAGGAGGAGAAGGAGUCGGAGGCCGGCACGCCGGCGGCGUCCGAGGCAGAGGAGGCAGGCGGUGAGCUGCGGGCACUGUGCCCGGGUGCGGGCAGCCUGGGGGCGGCACAGGCAGAGCAGGUGAAUAAGUUUGUUUUAAGUGUCCUCCGUUUGCUCCUUGUGACAGUUGGACUCCUCUUUGUUUUGCUCCUCCUCCUGAUCGUCCUUACCGAGUCCGACCUUGACACUGCCUUUUUCCGUGAUAUCCGCCAGACCCCCGAGUUCGAGCAGUUCCAUUACCAAUACUUUUGUCCCCUCAGGCGAUGGUUUGCCUGCAAAGUCCGCGCCGUGGUAAGCCUGCUCAUUGACACCUGAAACAGGAGCCGCCACAUAGCUGGCCGGGGGCCCGGGGAGAGACCGGCCACCGUCCUUCGGCACACACGCUAAAUCCUCCCUUCCCGACCCAGAGCAUGGCGCAGCCCAGGAGGCUUCCCGAGAGGAAUAAGGGGGCGCGGGCAGCCCCGGGGCCUCCUCCUCGCUGUGCUCAGCCGCGCUGCUCCCAUCCCCGGAGCCCGCACAACACCUCACCGUUCCGAUUCUCACAGACGCGCGUCCGACUUCAGCAGCACCGUGUAACGAGAGGGAUUUCCUUCCCUAUUGCCGCCCAUCACACCCGCUGGGAGGCUCGUGAUGCUGUGCGAUGCAGGAGCUUUAGCAAUGGUGCUACUGAGUAUGAAUUUCAACACUCGUGUACUGUUAACACGAUUAAAUCCGCCACUGUGCACACCACCACCUUCGAGCACCGCUCCGCAGAAACGCCUCCCUGCCGACCCCAGGCUCCUACGCAGCGGCAGUGGCAAAGGAUGCCCCAAAUCACCCUCAUCCCAGGCAAGGGUGCAGCAUCGCCCAGCCUUCCGCCACGUCUUCUGAGCCUUGAAGGUGCUGCCAAGAGCACGGAGAACACGCCAGUCACGGAGAGCCCGACAGGCACCAUGGGCCAGACCCGGGUGCGCAGCCAGCAGCCACCGUGCCGGAUGAAGCCCUUCAGCCUCUGGAGUUGUACCUGUUUUAUAUAUAUAUUAAAAAAAAAACACAAAAAGAACAAAAAAAAAAAAAGAGAGAGACAGUUUCAAGGUCUAUUUUAACACCAAAAUGCUAUUUUGUUAUCAAAUCUAAUCAAGUCUUUUUUUUACUUGAUGGCUCGGUGCCCGCAGGGCGCCGUGCCGAGUGGGUCGGGCGAGCACACGGAGCGGGAGGAGCUGCUGCCCUGGCCUGGAAGCUUGACAGCACGGCUGGGUUGGGAACGGAGGAGCUCAGCUCUUGUGGCUUUGCUGAAGAGGAAAAGGACAGAACUGCAGAAGUGGAGGUGAGGCUAAACAAGCCAAUGGACAGCCCUUCGACCAAGCUGUUCUUAAGCAAAAAUCAGUGAACCCAACUCAUUGUUCUUGUGACACAACCACCGGGAGCUCUGGUUACCUGGGAAGCGGGAGCCUGUCCCCACCGGGAGCAAUAAAAGCCGGUUCUGCUCAGUUUGGGUGAGGAGCUGGACCUGCUUAAUGGAAAGUUUGAGCAAGUUUUAUUUCAUCUCAGGGAGAGAUUUUAUGUAAGCUGGGGCCAUAACUGCGGUUUUACAAAGCCUGAUUUCUGUGUUCUUGUCUCUGAGCAUCCCAUUAUCCAUCAUCGCACGUGUGCGUGUGCUGCUCCCCACCGAGGCCGGCUCCCACCCGCUUGGGAGCUGCUCAGCCGCUGCCAGCGUUGGUCAAUCCAACACCGCGAGCCGGCCAGACUGGGAUCAUUUGUCACUGCAAUAAGGAGGCCCCAUUGAACUCCUGUCUGUCAGCGGGAUAAAGACGGAAGCCGUUGUGUCUCAGCGCCCAGGACCGAGGAGGGUUUGGCAUGGAGCCCCCAGCUCUCUUGACUGGGAGACGCUGCCAGGAGACGAAGGGUGGAUUUUGCCAUGAUCUCCUGUUUUAUGCAACACAGCAAAACGAACUCUUAGCGUAGUGGUCCUACCUCAGCCCAUAGUUACUGGUGUUUCUAUGCAGUGUUAGUCCCACCCCGCCAUGUCUCCCCCCACGCUGCGGCAGCGGCGUCCCCUCCUCCUCGCUGCUGAUGGACUGCGUGGUGGCCCCACAGCACGGCCUCGUGCGCUGUCCUACCGGAGCGCGGCUGCGCCGUCCCCACCUUGGAACCCCCUCCAUCGGCUUCUCCAGCGCCGUGCUUGAUGCCAGCCCUCAGUUACCUCCGCAGCCCCCGCAAACCCGUGAUCCGUCAGCGUCCAGCUUUGCCGUCUGUCCCACGCCCCAUCGCGUGUCUCACUCCCUGUUAGUUUUACCCGUCUUUAUAUACAAACGUUGUUUCCAUAGAUUCUGAUACCAGAAAAAUCUCCUCCUAGCAGACUGCAUCUUGAAGCAGUAGACGGUAAAAUACCUGAAAAUGUGAAUUUCUUAGUUUUCAUAAAAAAAAAAAAAUCUAGAAAUUAACCUUUCAUGUGCCAAAUACUGUACGUGACUUUUCCUUCCAAAUGUACCUUUUUCUACAUAUCCGAUCUCUUAGUUAGCAUAAAAUCAUUGGUGCCAUGAAAAGUAUUUUUAAACUUAAAUAAAUAUUUAAAUACCAUGAAACCUGGUGCUGGUGUGAGAUCUGGUCACUAUUUCUGCUGUUGGUGCCCAUUUUACAAGCGAGAGAGCACAGCUCACGGCACAAGAGCUUGAUGUUUUGGGAGCUCCUUGACAGAGCAAGGAGGAACCUCGUGGGGAGCCGGCGCCACUGCGAUGCCGGCUGAUGUUUGGCUUCCAACCCACCUAGAUUCCAACAGCACCGAAAGGAUACAGUGCACUGGGCUCGCCACAGCCCAACAGCCUCCUGGGACACUGGAACCCCGUGCUGGGCGCAGCUCUGGCUGCAGGAGCGUGGUUUGGCUGCGGAUGCACGGAGCAGGGCCCUGCAGGAGCCCCGGCCAGCACCGUCCUGCGGGAAGCAGAGGCUGAUGAAAGCAACAGCCUCACCCCAGUAUCCAAUAUUCAAAAGCGCGUUUGGAUUCCUCGACGCUGAGCUACUUCAGCCAAGAACAACACAGCCUCGUGGUGCAGAAUGGGCAGCCCAGCACCCUGAGCGCGGGGCUGACUGCAGCACCAACCCUUGGCCCCACACCCCCACAGCUCCACCAGCAGCUCCGCUCCAGGUGUCUUCUCCAGAAAGCCCGGAGAGCUUCCAGACUCUCCUUCCUUCCUUCCUUCUGCUGCUGGAGGGGCUGAACUAGACAUCAGACAUCUUACCAAAGGGACAAAUCUUGCUGAAGACCUGGACACCAAACACCUGCAGCCUCAGGA